AUGAGUGAUAGCGUAAAGAUGCAUAACUCAGAAGGAACGUCAUUACCUGCAUUUCUUGCCUCGCUCUCUGUAAAUAUUUCUAUGUUUACAAUUCAAGUAGUUUCUUUUUUUAUAUUGCGUAACUUUUUACAUCGCGUAUAUCAACCUCGAAGUGUUAUUAAAGUUCUUCCAAAAGACAAAAAAGUCAAGUCUCCACCUAAAUCUCUGCUGAAACUUUUUCAAAAACUUUAUCAAAUUUCUCCUGAAUAUAUUAUUAAAAAGUCUGGUUUAGAUGCUUAUUUUUUUCUUCGGUUUCUUAGAAUGUGCAUUAUUCUUUUCCUUAUUUCUAUAUUGAUAAUUUGGCCAAUCCUGCUUCCCAUAAAUUCCAUAAAUGGAAUUGAUAAAACUUUUCAAGGAAAAUCUCGAGGCUUGGAUAGAUUUAGUUUUGGAAAUGUUAGUCCGAAGCAUACAAAUAGAUACUGGGCUCAUUUAGUGCUUGCGUAUCUUUUUGUUAUUAUAACUUGCUAUUUAAUAUAUUAUGAGUUAAAGCAUUUUAUACAAAUUCGGCAGACAUAUUUAUGUUCUCCUCAACAUCGUAGUACUACUUCUGCUACUACAAUUCUUAUAACAACAGUACCGGAUGAGUAUCUCGAUAUAGAUAAAUUAAAAGAUCUUUUUAGUAUAUAUCCUGGAGGUGUUAAGAAUGUCUGGAUAAACAGAGAUUUUUCUUCAUUAUUAGAGCAAAUUGAAAAAAGAGAUUUUAUUGCACAACAAUUAGAAGAAGCAGAGACAUGUUUAAUACGAACUGCACUGAAAAAUAGUAAGAAAUUAUUUAAUAAAAAGAAAAACUCCAGCACAUUGAAUUCUCAAAGUUGUCAGUCUUUAAACUAUAUAGAAUCUAGCAAAGGAUUGGCAUAUAAGUAUGUAUCAUUUGAAAAACGACCUAAGCACAGACUCCCUUUGUUUUCAUGGUUUAUAUCUCUCCCUCUUAUUGGAAAAAAGGUUGAUACUAUUGAUUGGUGUAUUUCAGAAUUAAAAAAACUUAAUCCAGAAAUUUUAGAACAGCAAAAACAUCCAGAAAGGUUUAAGCGAAUGAAUAGUGUUUUUAUUCAGUUUAAUGAGCAAAUAUCUGCUCAUUUAGCUUGUCAGAAUAUUCUACAUCACAAUGCACUUCAUAUGACACCAAAAUAUCUUCAUAUAUCUCCAAAAGAUAUUAUAUGGGAUAAUUUACAGUUAAAAUGGUGGGACCGUCUUAUUCGAGCAAUAGCAGUUGUAAUAAGUAUAGCUGCUCUUGUUAUUUUUUUUGCAUUUCCUGUAGCUUUUGUAGGAUCUUUAUCAAAUGUAAUAAGUUUAAGUAAAAAAUUUUCAUGGCUUGAAUUUCUUGGAGAUCUCUCUAAGCCAGUAAGUGGACUUAUAACAGGUUUAUUACCAAGUGUGCUUUUAGCUAUUAUAAUGAUAGCUGUACCAAUAAUUAUGAGAUUUGCUGCUGAAUUUAAAGGUCUUCCUACUCAAACUGAUGUUGAAUUAACUGUCCAAAAUAUGUAUUUUUCGUUUCUGGUUGUUCAAGUUUUUCUUGUUGUUACUAUUUCAUCUGGUAUUGCUGCAGUAAUAGCAAGUAUUAUAAAUAAUCCUCAAAACACACCUAAGCUUUUGGCACAAAAUUUGCCAAGAGCAAGUAAUUUUUUUUUUUCUUAUAUCCUUCUUCAAGGUUUAUCAAUUGCAUCGGGAGAAUUAUUACAAGUAAUUACGUUAAUCGUAUUUUAUAUUUUUGGGAAAUUAAUGGAUAAUACACCAAGAAAACUUUGGUCUCGGUUUACUACACUUAGAAUUUUAGGAUGGGGUACAACUUUCCCAAGAUUUACUAAUUUGUCAGUUAUCGCAAUUACAUAUUCUAUUAUUGCACCUUUAAUAAUGAUAUUUGUUGUUAUUGCUUUUAUACUUUUUUACGCUACAUAUCUUUAUAAUUUUUUAUAUGUUUUCGAUUUUCCUGUUGAUACUGGGGGGCUAGCAUUUCCUAAAUCUUUAUAUCAAAUGAUGACAGGAAUAUAUCUUUUGGAAGUCUGUCUUACUGGUCUUUUUUUUUUGGCACGUGAUGAUCAAAAUCAUUUUGCAACUAAAGUUCAAGGAAUUCUUAUGGUUAUUUUAAUCAUUUUCACUGCUUUUUAUCAAUUUAUGCUUCAAAAAAGUUUUAAUCCAUUAAUAAAAUUUUUACCUUUAACUUCAAAGCAUCAAAAUAAUAAUCAAAAUUACUAUGGCAAAUUAUUUGGAUUAUAUUAUUUUAAUGGCGAAAUAGAAAAUACUAAUUGUGAAUCUUCAACAUUGGAUAUAUUAUCAUCUAGAGAAAGAUUUGGAAAUUCUGAUAAUUCUUCUGAUUUUAAUAUGAAUUCUAAAAAACUAUCAACAGAAGAGCGAGAAAAGAUUGUUUCAUCUUUAUUUAAACACAAAGCUUUACAAGCAAAGGUACCUGUGAUAUGGUUGCCGUGUGAUGAGUUAGGAAUAGCAGAAGAUGAAAUGAAGAGGAUGCCAGAUGAAGUAUUAGUAAGUACAGAUUUUGCAAAAGUAGAUAAUAAGGGAAAGUUGUGUUUUGAAUCAAAUCCGCCAGAUUGGGAUCCUUAUAGUAAUUUGGUAUUAUAA